AGUGUCUUAAAAGUGGUGUGACAAAAUCAUAAAAAACAGAGAGAUAAAAGUGUCAAAAUACAUAUUAAUUUACAUACAAAUAACAACAAUAAACACAAAACGGGCGCGAAAAUAAUCACAAAGCAAUUGCGGGCGCGAUCCUAAAACCAAAUUUAAUCUUACAAGUUUAUACAAACAACACAUACGGGCGCGAAUUAACAAAAACAAAUACACAAAGGCAACACCUAGCAUACAAACUCAGAAACAACAGAGGACAAAGGAAUCGGAAAGAAACACAGAAGAACACAUAGACGUACAUACACGUAACUAAUUACCCACUCGCAAGUACAUAUAUUCCCCACAAGCCCUUGGAGGAAAUCAAAAUUAACAUGGAUGUGGAUACGCCAACUACUCCCACGCCAACUGUGCGGUCGGCUACCAACGUGCCACGCACGGGGCCUACCCCAACGCCCCGAUCUGCAGCUGCAACUGCCCCUGCAAGCGCACCUGCAACGACACCUAGGUCAGCACCAGUUCCUCGCGGUGGCACGCGACCUUCACCGACGCUAUCAUCGCCGCCUUCAGAGGCACAUCGUAUACGAUGUCCCAUUUGUCGGCGCCCACAUCGUCUGCAACAUUGUGGGAUUUUCAGGAGUAUGCGACCGUUACAACGACAACAAGUUGCCCAGGCACAUGGGCACUGUCUAAAUUGCCUAUCGCAUACGCAUGGGACUCAAGAGUGUGUGUCCACGGGUCUGUGCCAAAUGUGCAGCAGACCACAUCACACACUCCUUCAUCGCACCUCGAGGCGCGACGUUGGUCGGCCACCUACUCUGCGGAUCCGCGCAACAGGACCUCGACCCUCCAUUCGUGCGGUACACCCGCGGAAUGUAACCCCACGGCGUCGACAGCCUAGACCGCAACCACGUCGUUCCAAUGGACUGAGCAGCGUUGUGGAAACGUUACAACAGCUGCAGCGGCUACUAGGCUAA